UUGGGAUUACAGUGCAGAACAAAAAAACACUAUUUAAGAGCCAGACUUUCUCCUGUUCAACAUCAGACGCCGAGAAGGAAGAAGAGAAGAUAAUUCUGCAGCAGGUCAUCAUUUUGGACAUUGCAUGAACUUCACCAUGAAGAUACUAGCUGUGUCUGUACUUCUUGUUGCCAUGAUGGCUCUGGCUCUGGCUACUGAAGAAGAGGACGGUCUGGAGUUAAUAGCGGCAAUUCAAGAGAAAGAGAUUGAAUCAGAAAUUAAAGAGGCAGAAUCCAUAAAGGGAGAAGAAAAAUGUGUUGUCAAGAGAUCUGCAUGCUCUCGUGAUUGGACUACGAUCGGGAAAAGCUGUUUUCGCUACUUUGCAACAGCCAAGACUUGGGCUGAGGCUCAGUCACACUGUAGGUCCCUAGGUGGAAACCUAGCAUCUGUGCACAACAAGGGUGAGAAUGAUCAGUUCUGGGCUCUGGCACUAAAGAAAACAACAUGGAUCGGAUUCUCUGAUGCACAGCAGGAAAAACACUGGUUCUGGAUUGAUGGUACAGCCUUCAAUUACAAGAACUGGUGUAGUGGACAGCCUAAUAACGGACGUAACAGUGAACACUGCGCAGUACUGUGGAAAGGUUGCUGGCAUGAUUAUCAUUGUGUACAUCAUCGUUUUCCAUAUAUCUGUGGACGGGCACCUCAGUGAUUCCAGGACCGUCAUGGAGGCAUGAAGUAGCUGUGAAAAGCACAAACAUUGGAGGAUGUGCGUUUGUGUUUUUGUGCACACUCAUCUGUCUUUGUGUCAUCAGUCUCAAACAUAACCCGAAGGCUUUAUAUCUCAAAUCAAAUCUGUAUUUCUUUGCUAUUGCUGUAACGCUACUUAAGGAAGGAAGCGACAAGUGACAUAAACAGGGGCUGCUUCUUCGGCCUUGUGCUGAGGAGCAGAUUGAACGGUAAUGAAAGGAACGCUUUUUGCAUAACUUUAUCCUGCAGUAAUCUGUCUUUCUUGUAUCAUGCAUGAUUAAUCAAUAAAACACUUUUACUUAAACA